AUGCCCAACACAGGCAGACCUAGCCGGGAUUGUCACCUGUGCCGCCAGCGGCGAGUCAAGUGCGACCUUGCCCGUCCCGCCUGUCAGAGAUGCACCAAGUACGGCGCUCAGUGUCCAGGCUAUCGGGAUCAACAGGAGCUGGUCUUCCGCAAUGCCGACCCCACGGUUGUCAAGAAGCGCAAGAAGCGCGUGCCCCUGCCGCAGUCCCCUAGCAGCAGCGAGUCUUCAUCGUCUUCAUCUUCAUCCUCCGAUGGGGGAACGUUUUCAGCACCCAAUCUUACUCCAAACGGAGAUUUCGUCUUCACCUCUUCAACGGACCUCGUCUUGGCCAACGGCGUCAACUGCAAUGCGCUGCUUCCACUCACUCGCCCGGUGUUUGAACACUGGACGUCUCAUUCCAUUCCCAUCCUCCUCGAUGUCUACUCAAAUCUUGAUUUCAUCAAAAAUAUGUAUCGCGACUACACAGAUGACGGACCCCUCGUCUGGGCCGCCCAUCUCUUUUCGCGCACCUACGUGACCAACCUGCAGUACUCAACGGCCUUGAGUAGGGAUGCCUAUGCUGACACUCAACGCGAGUUGGGUGGUUACCUAGGCAAGACGCUGAAUUUAGUGAGCGAGGCACUCAAAACGCCUGAGGGUGCUCAAAGAGACGACAUCCUCGCCACGGUAUGGAUUCUUACUAAUUACGAGUUGCUCGUUGGCUCCCUGACCCGUACCGAAGUCCUCAGUCCAUGGCAUCUACACGCCAGAGGGCUAUACAGCAUCCUCAAGGCAAGGGGUACCGGCCCUCUAUAUACAAGUAAAGGUCGCACAGCUUUUUGGCCUGCCUAUAGCAUGGUGCAAAUCCAGGCCCUUGUUAGUAAUACAGAGUGUCCUGCAGAAUCCAACGAAUGGCUCGCAGCAAUAGAACGGUCACUGCCGCUACAUCCGGGAGAGGGCUUGGGAGUAGCCAUCUCUUAUUUCAUCAUGAAAGUAUGCACCGUUCAGGCACGGAUAUUCAACCUCCUCCGACGCCGUGACUUUCCCGCCGCGUCUAAAGAAUAUCCUGAACUCUUUGCUCAAAUGAAAGCUGCGGAACAGGAGUUCGAAGACUGGGUCGAAUCAAACCCUAUUGGAAAUCACGUUUUGGAGAUUUACGCGAUAAGUCUGUACCAGUCUGCUAUCGUCAAGGGAUACCAUGUUAUGCAGCUUCUCAUCAAUUUUCUCACACAUUACCCUCCUUGCCCGAUUCCUCUGGAGCAGCUUCAUGAAGAUCGAAAGUUUAGCAUCGAUGCGGCUCAGACCGCAGCGCAAGGGAUUUUGGAGGGCGUGCCCCGUGUAAUCGGGCCCCUUUCCAGCGGACAGGAAAAAUCUCCAAAGAUGGUCUUUGAUGCCUUGCGAGUUAUAUGGCCGCUUAUUUGUGUGUAUGUGAUGACCAUCUGCCGAGCGGAGCAGCGACUCGCUGCAGAGGGCCUGCUCUUCUACAUUGGUCGGGAAUUGGGAGUGCGACAGGCAUUGAACACAUAUCCAGAAGGGUUGACUAUACCGCAGGAGGCAAAAGUGCCUCUAGGAGAAGUGUCUCUAGGAGUAUGAUGUACAAUCUUGCUUUCAUUAGCGAUUUUUUUUUUUGUGGCGGAAGAAAGAGCUUGAGACAUGUAGACACAAUAUUGUUGUCGCUGGAACGAUGACUUGGCAUGGAUUGGUCAUGUAUGUUGGAUUCCUGGUUUCCCGCUCUUCUCUUUCCACUUCUCUUAGAUACCAAGAAUGCAAAUAUUCGAAUAUUGUAUUAAUAGAACUGAUUUCUGUUGGC